AUGAAUUCCAGACCUCUAUGUGCGCUGUCUACUGACAGCAACGACUGCGAUACUUUAACACCUGGGCAUUUUUUGAUCGGACGGGCUCUAACAGCUCUUCCAAGUGAAGACUACUCUACCACUCAGCCCAACAGGCUGACUAGAUGGAAUCUUCUGCAACAACAGCAACAGCGUUUCUGGAAGUUGUGGUCUUCGGACUACUUAUUAACGCUGCAACACCGUCAAAAAUGGAGAACACCUCAACAGGAAUUUCAAGUCGGGGAUCUUGUUGUCCUAAAAAAUGAAAACACACCACCAAACCAUUAG